AUGUCCCGCUUCAACUUGGCUAAGAAGCUUUUGCCCGCUAAGAAGGCGUGGAAGAGCUUCAAAACCAAAUUCCAAUCAAAACUACAGAAACUAAAGACCUCCAAAGCCAUAAAACGAACCAAGAAAUAUUGCAUCCAUGCUUUGAACUCCAUUCGGGUUUUCAUUCCCUGCAAAUUAUAUGCUCUGAUCAACCGUUCCCCUUUGCGUUCUCGCCACCGUUUUUAUCAUCACGACCACCAGCACACCAGGAGUUCUUCAGCUAUAUAUGUUGAUGAACUAUUUCCAGGGCAUGCUAGCCAUUACAGCUCCUUAGCAAAAAUGGUAGCAUCCAGCAGUUCAGCUGGUAAUAAGGUGAAACUCGAAGAAACAACGAGCAGUAAUGUUGUGAAAAAGCAUCAUCAAAUUGCUGCACCAGGUCUGAAGAUUCUUGAAAAGAAGAUCAAGGGUGGCGAGACGAGUACAAGCGCAGCGGCUAGUGCUGCUGAUGCUUGGAAAAUCCCUCUCUCGCCACACCUUCGUUGUGUGGAUGAGAGAGCUGAGGAUUUCAUCUCCAAGUUUCGCCAAGAGAUGAAGCUUGAAAGAGAGCAAUCCAACAUUGAUUUCCAUGAGAUGUUGGCUCGUGGUACCUAA